UGCUCGCUGGGUUUACUAGAGGAUGCGGGAUUGAUGGAGAAGGCGGGUGAAACAGGGAAGGUAGCAGGGUGAAUCUGGGUAGGUAGCGGAAAGAAUGCACGGGGAGGAGAGAUGCGGAUUAUGGUGGCCUUUUUGACUGGUUUUUGGCCGUUUGCUAGAACGAUGAUCGACUGUCUAACGGGACUCGGGAUGAUUUGUGUUGGGACCACAUAAUUUUGACGCAUGAACAACCUGUUCUGUAGCCUAGUUUAUAAUAGGCCUAUUUGCGCAUUUGUUGAUUUCAUUAAACUGAGUUCGAUUUUAUUAAUUUUUGCCUACAGACUAUUGGCAAAUGGAUAUUUCUAUCGUUUUUCUAAGACUCAUGAUAUUGUUAUUUUCCUAUAAGGCUAGGUCAAUAUUUAUGGUCACGAAAGCGAAGCGCUAGAUAUGACACCAGCUACAAACACGGACAGAUCUUUAAAUCAAGGGGAUAUCGAUGUCUUCUUUCAAAAACGAUUUUAACACUAGUCCUAUUGCAUUAUGGCUGCAAUUCUAAAUUUGCGCAGCAUCGGCGUUUGAUUUAGGUGCUAUGAAGAACAAUUAUGCUGCAUUUACAAUAAUAUCAAACUGAAAGCAAAGGGAUAAGCGUUUAAAAUAUAGAGUAUUAAAUAAUAUUUCAAAAUGGAGGCACUCUGUCCGCAGUGGAUUGUAUUUUUAUGGACACUUGUCGGCCUGUUAGUAGGUGUUAGCUUUGGCACAAACGACGGGAAAGUUGAACCGAACAGCUCCGGCUCGCUGGCUAUCCGCUUCCCAUUGCGGCAGGGCCCUCUCUCGGAACCCCAACCCCCGCCCGUGGGUCGGCUGCGCUCCUCAAGGGCGGCGCGGAGGCGCAGGGCAGUAGGUGGCAUAAAUUUCGUGGACAUGAUUGACAACCUCCGUGGGAAAUCUGGACAGGGAUACUACGUGGAGAUGGCAGUUGGUUCACCACCACAGAAGCUGAAUAUCCUGGUGGACACUGGCAGCAGUAACUUUGCCGUUGGGGCUGCUGCUCACCCUUUCCUCCGCAGAUACUACCACCGCUCACUGUCCAACUCUUACCGGGACCUCGGGCGGAGUGUCUAUGUUCCUUACACCCAGGGCCGCUGGGAGGGCGAGCUGGGCACUGACCUGGUGUCUGUGCCACAUGGCCCCAACGCCUCGCUCCGCGCCAACAUCGCUGCCAUCACCCAGUCAGACCGCUUCUUCAUCAACGGAUCAAACUGGGAGGGCAUCCUGGGCCUCGCCUACGCUGACAUCGCACGACCUGACGAGAUGCUGGAGCCCUUCUUCGAUUCCCUGGUGCGACAAACCUCGGUGCCCAACCUGUUCUCUCUGCAGCUGUGUGGAGCGGGCUUUACCCAGAACUACAGCCUGGGCAGUGCCACUGUGGGCGGCAGUAUGAUCAUUGGAGGGGUAGAUCCUUCUCUCUAUGUCGGGGACUUGUGGUACACACCCAUUCGCCGGGAGUGGUAUUAUGAGGUCAUCAUUGUGCGCAUCGAGGUCAACGGUCAGGAUCUCAACAUGGACUGUAAAGAGUACAACUACGAUAAGAGCAUCGUGGACAGCGGGACCACCAACCUCCGGCUCCCGCGCAAGGUGUUCCAGGCAGCCGUGAAGGCCAUCGAGGCGGCCUCCUCUACAGAGCAGUUUCCCUCUGGGUUCUGGUUGGGUGAGCAGUUGGUGUGUUGGCAGGCUGGUACCACCCCCUGGCACAUCUUUCCUGUCAUCUCCCUCUAUUUGAUGAGUGAAAACCGGAACCAGUCCUUCCGCAUCUCAAUCCUUCCACAGCAAUACCUGCGCCCAGUGGAGGAUGUGGCGUCGGCCCAGGAGGACUGCUAUAAGUUUGCCGUGUCCCAGUCCAGCACCGGCACAGUCAUGGGCGCCGUCAUCAUGGAGGGCUUCUAUGUUGUGUUCGAUCGCCAGAAGAAGCGCAUCGGAUUCGCCGUCAGCACCUGCCACGUGCACGACGAGUUCCGCACCGCGUCCGCCGAGGGGCCCUACCACGGCGCGGACCUGGAGGACUGCGGCUACAACAUCCCGCAGACCGACGAGUCCACCCUCAUGACCAUCGCCUACGUCAUGGCGGGCAUCUGUGCCCUCUUCAUGCUGCCGCUCUGUCUCAUGGUGUGCCAGUGGCGCGUUGCCCACUGCCUCCGUCCGCGAGGCGCCGGCGACUUCGCCGACGACAUCUCCCUCCUCAAAUGAUAGCGGCGCAGAGCCCGCGGCGGAGGGCCGGCCCACCAGCAGAAAUGAAGACGGGGCGGGUGCUUAGUAAUGUGGCAUCACGCCGGGCGUCGGCCUCAUUGAAUCGGUCUCCAACA